AUUUUCUGAAGGAAAAGUUUUUUUUAUAUUUAUCGAUAAUCAAUCGAAAGGCAAGAAGCUCCUCAGGAUUGUCAGUCGCCCCAAUGGCCGCAACACCGAGAAGUGAACCAGAUGCCGAUGCCUCCACCAACUCGUCUCUGCAAUUCGGCACGGCGGAAGCGCUUGAACACGUGAGCAAACUGACAGAUGUAGGGGCCAUGACCCGUCUUCUCCAUGAAUGCAUUGCCUACCAACGUGCCCUGGAUCUCGAACUCGAAACUUUACUGUCUCAGCGCUCUGAUUUAGAUCGCCAACUCUCCAACCUCCAGAAGUUCGCUGAUGUUUUGGAGAUUGUGAAGGUUGACUCCUCCUACAUGCUUUCCAACGUUACCUCCACCUCCUCCCUCGCCGAUCAGGUCUCUGCCAAGGUGCGCCACCUCGAUCUCGCUCAAUCGCGCGUCCAAGACACGCUCCUCCGCAUCGAUGCCAUUGUCGAUAGAUCCAACUGCCUUGAUGGCGUCCACAAAUCUCUCCUUGCUGAGGAUUUUGAAUCGGCCGCAUCCUACAUCCAGACCUUCCUCCAAAUUGAUUCCAAAUUCAAAGACUCCUCCGCUGCUGAUCAGCGCGAGCAGCUCCUUUCCUACAAGAAGCAAUUGGAAGGCAUCGCCAAGAAGAGGCUUUUGGCCGCAGUUGAUCAGCGGGAUCAUGCAACUAUUAUCCGCUUCAUAAAGCUCUAUACGCCUCUCGGCCUUGAAGAGGAGGGCUUGCAGGUAUAUGUGAGUUACUUAAAGAAGGUAAUUUCCACGAGAUCAAGAAUGGAAUUCGAGCAAUUGGUGGAACUUAUGGAGCAGUCAAAUAAUAAUAGUCAGGUGAAUUUCGUAGUUUGUUUGACAAAUUUGUUUAAAGACAUUGUCCUGGCUAUUGAGGAAAAUAAUGAAAUUUUGAGGAAUUUGUGUGGUGAGGAUGGUAUUGUUUACGCCAUUUGCGAGCUCCAGGAAGAAUGUGAUUCACGAGGUUCUAAUAUUUUGAAAAAAUUUAUGGAGUAUCGGAAACUGGCUAAAUUGACUUCUGAGAUAAAUUCAUAUAAGAGUAACUUGCUAUCGGUGGGUGCAGAGGGGCCUGACCCUAGAGAGAUUGAGAUUUAUCUGGAAGAGAUACUUUCGCUGACACAGUUAGGUGAGGAUUAUACAGAGUACAUGGUUUCCAAGAUACGGAGCUUGACCUCUGUUGAUCCUGAAUUAUGCCCACGAGCCACAAAGGCUUUUAGAAGUGGGAAUUUCAGCAAAGUUUCCCAGGACAUUACUGGAUAUUAUGUUAUUUUGGAAGGGUUCUUUAUGGUGGAGAAUGUGAGGAAAGCCAUCAAGAUUGAUGAGCAUGUGCUUGAUAGUCUCACCACAUCCAUGGUGGAUGAUGUAUUCUAUGUGUUGCAGAGCUGCUGCCGUAGGGCAAUUUCUACCUCCAAUAUCAACUCGGUGAUUGCAGUGCUCAGCAGCGCUGUGAGUUUAUUGGGGGGUGAAUAUAGCGAGGCAUUGCAGCAGAAGAUGAGGGAGCCUAAUCUCGGAGCAAAGUUGUUUUUGGGUGGUGUUGGAGUGCAGAAGACUGGUACAGAGAUUGCCACGGCCUUAAACAACAUGGAUGUCAGUAGUGAGUAUGCCUUGAAACUGCGUCACGAGAUUGAAGAGCAAUGUGCAGAGGCAUGCCCUACACCAGCAGACAGAGAGAGAGUUAAAUCUUGCUUAGCCGAAUUGAAUGAAAUGAGCAGCAGUUUUAAGAAGGCACUAAAUAUUGGAAUGGAGCAACUUGUGGCCACUGUGACACCCCGAAUUCGUCCAGUGUUAGAUAGUGUGGCAACCAUCAGCUAUGAACUUUCUGAAGCAGAAUAUGCGGACAAUGAAGUGAAUGACCCCUGGGUGCAAAGGCUUCUCCAUGCUGUUGAGACCAAUGUGGCAUGGCUUCAGCCGCUGAUGACGGCCAACAAUUAUGACACAUUUGUGCAUCUUGUCAUUGACUUCAUUGUGAAAAGGCUUGAAGUUAUCAUGAUGCAGAAAAGAUUCAGUCAACUUGGAGGUCUUCAGCUUGAUAGGGAUGCCAGGACACUGGUUAGUCAUUUCUCCAGUAUGACCCAGAGGACUGUUAGGGACAAAUUUUCUCGUCUAACUCAGAUGGCUACUAUCCUGAACUUGGAAAAGGUCUCUGAGAUUUUGGAUUUCUGGGGAGAGAACUCAGGGCCCAUGACCUGGAGACUGACUCCUGCUGAGGUCAGAAGAGUAUUGGGUCUCCGAGUGGAUUUCAAACCUGAAGCAAUAGCUGCGCUUAAAUUGUAGCCUUAUUUCUAUUUGUCAUGCUCUCAGGCCAAUUUCUUGUUGUUUUAAGUUUAAAUUUUCUAGAAGAGAUCAAGUUGCAACUACUGUACCAAUCAUGAGUUUCUUUAGUCUGUUCCUUUUCAAAUACAUAUAAAUACUGUAAAUCGUCUCUUUCACAUAUGAGUCCCUUUAAUACUUAAUUAUGUGAGUGAAAAGUGGUCGAUACAUAAUUCCCUUUUGUUGCCAAUUAUGUGCCUUCAAGUUCGAUAAGGGGGUUAUUAGUAUGUUGAAAAAGCAACGAAGGAUCACGGAAGCCAUGGUUCAUGAAGGUGUUGUCAUAUUCAUCACGCAAAUCUGCUCUGGUGGUAUGAUUUCUUUUGCAAUGCUGCAUUGAUCAUUUUACCCCAUAUGACUGAGAGCUCAAUAUAUUUUUCUGAGCUUCACUCUCAUCCAGAAAGCAGUUUCCUUUAUCUUACGACAGUUGAUGAGGUUCAUAAAACAGGUAACCUCUAUCUUGCUAGAAAAAGUUGAUUUUCAAAAUUUUCCUAGUGUAAGAAGGAAGAGCUCAGCAUCAGUCAGUGGUGUCCAAGCUUAUCUGGAAACAACAUUCCCUAAAGCUGCUGCAGAACAAACUUGUAAAAGAUGCUGUAUCUCGAGGACUAGCGGGUGCAGGUGUAGAUGUGAUACAGUACGGCAGUUACAUUGAUGCGACUGUGAAUCAGUUCUCAAAUUCUUGGAGACAUCUGAAAGCUAUAGAUGAAACACUGUUCGCGUUUGUGCCAGGAAUAUGGAACAAUAAAUGAUCUUCAUUUUGGUAGCAAGGUUUGGGGAUUUUGGAAGUGCGCCUUUCUCCAUUUUUUCUAAUGUUAGCGACAAAUUUGUCAUGCUUGAUGCAGAGAUUGAGAAUACGUUUUAUGAUAUGUUGUGAAUAAUCUUAUGCUGUUAUAGAUAUAAAGGUGCUAUUUUCCAACGUGAACUUUAUAUCCUCUGCCCUUGUGUUUCAGUUUCUCUCCAUUUGGUCUCAUCUCUCAGUAACGUCAAUCUCUUCAAUGCUGUUGCAGGUAGCUGAAAUUCUUGAUGUUGUGCAUUCUUGAAUUGGAUUAUGUCAGAGAAACAGGCCCCCUGUUUGAAACCUGAAGAGUCUGAGUACCCCUGGUUUCAGUUGCUUGAUUCACGA